AUGUGGACGUUACUCCGCGUUUCAGGUAUGGCGUUUUAUUUGACAGAUUUCGAACGUUCCACAAAGUUUUUACUCAUUCUUAUCCUAUUACGUACACCUCAGUCAUCUUAUGCUCAAAUUGAUGGAAUCUACUGUGGUGAAGAAACCUGUUAUGAUGUUUUACAGGUUACCCGAGAUGAUGAUAAAAGUCGAAUUCGUAAAGCAUAUCAUGAAAUGGCAAGAAAACAUCAUCCAGAUAGACAGAAAACAUCGGAGGAUAAAAUAAAAGCGGAGGAACGCUUCCGUUUAAUCAAUACUGCCUAUGAGAUUCUUAGUGAUCCAGAACAACGAUCAGAAUACGAUUAUAUGCUUGAUAAUCCAGAUCAAAUGUACUACCAUUACUAUCAGUAUUAUCGACGUCGUGUUUCGACAAAAGUUGAUGUUCGAUUGGUAAUUGUUUCAAUUCUUCUCAUUAUAUCAUCUAUACAAUAUGCUGGUCAGUGGACAAGUUAUAAUCAUGCUCUAAGUUAUUUACUGAAAGAUCCAAAACAUCGUGCCAAAGCAAAACAGUUAGCUAUUGCUGAUGGUCGUUUAAAUAUAUCCAAAUAUGAAGUUGGCAGACGUUUAACACGUGAUGAACUGAAAGAACGUGAAGAACAACUACUUCGGAAUAUAUUAAAGGAGACUGUUGAACUUCGAGGUGAUUGUUGCCGACCCAGUCUAAAACGUGUUCUACUGGUUAGAAUAUUGUUUUUCCCCUGGACUUGUUAUAUAUGGUUACGUUGGAUGCUUUCUUGGGUUGUAAAGUAUUGGAUACUUCGUAGGGAAUAUGAUGAAGAGGCGCGGAUAUUUAUCACUAGACGUCGCUUAAAAAUAAGUGAAAGUGAAUGGGAUUAUGCAGGCGUAGAACAGCAAGCGAAGUAUUUAUCACAAAAACUUUGGAUUAGCGAGAAUUAUCAGAAAUUCCUUGCAGAUCAACAAGAAGCGAAUCGAAUUCGAGCAGCUGAAGAUACUGAUUUAAAACGUUAUAGACGAUACACAAAACGUGCUGGACCUGCCUCAGUGAAUCUUGAAGAUUUAUUUUAA